AUGCCAGAGGUAUUACUCACAACACAAGCCAGAAAAACCAAAAUGUCCCAAGCUAUAUGCUCCAUUCCAGCAGAAACUAAACAGCAAUUACGUAAGUUCCGUCUUACGCCCAUCAAACAAUCGUCUAGAACGAUCAAGACACAAAUAUACAAAAUCAACAAAAAUGAACAGACACUCCAACUGGAGGAAUCGUUAGAACUUGAAGAUUUGGAAGAACUUGUCGAGGAAUUACCAGAUAACACACCAUGUUUUGUGUUGAUGAACUACGGGUACACCAAACCUGAUGGAAGGUAUGUUUCGCCGUUGGUGGGUGUUUAUUGGAGACCAAACACCGCACAAGGACAGAUUAAGAUGAUGUACGCGGCGUCUGUUGAGCUGUUCAAAAAAGAAGUAGGAUGCAAUUUAUGGUUAGAAUGCUCGGAUGAGGAGGACAUUCCAGACUUGAAGAGGGAAAUUGAAAAAUAA